UUACAUUUUAAAUUUUUGUGAUUUUUCAAAAAAACAAUAUAUCGAACAAAUUUAUCAACCCCAAAAGAAAUUAAAUUUGACGUUGGUUCGAUCCAUCUUCUUCUUCUUCGAUUUCACGCGUUUGAAUUUCCACCCACUUUUAUGAUCUUCUUCUUCGUUUUUCUCAUAUAUAUCCGUCUCCUCGAGAUUUCUUUGCAAGUACUAUCCUUUGAUUUUUCCCAUUUUCCUGGAGUUGUCUCGUGAACCUCCUGCACCUAAGUUUCGUCCAUUCUCUGGAGCUUUGGCGGAUUUGAUUUGGGUUCUUAUUCGAAUUUCGCGUUGGAGAGAUUUGAUCGGUCAAUCGACUUCUCUGUGUUGAAAUCAUGGGUAAUUGCUGCGGAACGGCGGGAUCGUUGGCUCAGAACGACAACAAGCCGAAAAAGGGAAGGAAGAAGCAAAACCCUUUCUCGAUCGAUUACGGUCUCCACCACGGCGGCGGAGGCGGAGGAGGAGCUCUUAAGCUUAUCGUCCUGACUGAUCCAACAGGUCGCGAGAUCGAGCAGAAAUACACGCUGGGGAGAGAGCUAGGCCGUGGAGAAUUCGGCGUCACGUAUCUAUGCACCGACAAAGAAACCGACGAGGUCUUCGCCUGUAAAUCGAUCCUGAAGAAGAAGCUGAGGACGGCUGUUGAUAUAGAGGAUGUUAGGAGGGAAGUCGAGAUCAUGAGGCAUAUGCCUGAGCAUCCCAAUGUCGUCACCUUGAAGGAGACUUACGAGGAUGAGCACGCCGUGCAUCUGGUUAUGGAGCUUUGUGAAGGAGGUGAAUUGUUUGAUAGGAUCGUGGCGAGAGGGCAUUACACCGAGAGAGCUGCUGCUGCUGUGACCAAGACCAUCAUGGAAGUUGUUCAGGUGUGUCAUAAGCAUGGGGUAAUGCACAGGGACUUGAAACCCGAGAACUUCUUGUUUGGAAACAAGAAGGAGACUGCACCUCUAAAGGCGAUUGAUUUCGGACUCUCUGUUUUCUUCAAACCAGGCGAGAGGUUCAACGAAAUCGUUGGGAGUCCGUACUACAUGGCUCCAGAGGUUCUAAAACGUAACUACGGGCCAGAAGUUGACAUUUGGAGCGCAGGUGUAAUUCUUUAUAUACUGCUCUGUGGUGUCCCUCCUUUCUGGGCAGAAACUGAACAAGGAGUUGCACAAGCAAUUAUUCGAUCUCAACUGGACUUCAGAAGGGACCCAUGGCCCAAGGUUUCCGAAAAUGCAAAAGACCUUAUCAGGAAAAUGCUUGAUCCUGAUCAAAAGCGUCGUCUUACAGCUCAGCAAGUGCUAGAUCAUCCGUGGUUACAGAACGCAAAGACAGCUCCCAAUGUAUCAUUAGGGGAAACAGUAAGGGCAAGGCUGAAGCAGUUCACUGUCAUGAACAAGCUCAAGAAACGAGCACUCAGGGUUAUUGCUGAGCAUCUAUCAGAUGAGGAAGCUUCUGGCAUAAGAGAAGGGUUCCAAAUAAUGGACACAAGCCAAAGAGGGAAGAUUAACAUCGACGAGCUCAAAAUCGGGUUGCAGAAACUUGGUCAUACCAUUCCCCAAGAUGAUUUACAAAUUUUGAUGGACGCUGGAGAUAUCGAUAAAGAUGGUUACUUGGACUGUGACGAGUUCAUUGCCAUAUCGGUGCAUCUUAGGAAAAUGGGCAACGACGAGCAUCUCAAGAAAGCGUUUGCGUUUUUCGAUCAAAACAAUAACGGAUAUAUCGAAAUAGAGGAGUUAAGGAUAGCUUUAUCUGAUGAAGUUGGUACCAGCGAAGAAGUUGUUGAUGCCAUUAUUCGAGAUGUUGAUACUGAUAAGGAUGGUAAAAUAAGUUACGAAGAGUUUGCGACGAUGAUGAAAACAGGAACAGACUGGAGAAAAGCUUCGAGGCAGUACUCGAGGGAACGGUUUAACAGUAUCAGUCUGAAACUGAUGCAAGAUACAUCGUUGCAGGUCAAUGGCGAUGCAAGAUGAGAGAGACUCUUGAAUCUGUGACAAAUAGCAUUGGAAGAUUGAAUCAAAGGGAUGCAAAAUCUUUCUUCAUUUCUUUAUUUUUAUCUUUUUGGAUUUUCUUCUUACACCACGAUUAAAAUGAUUUUUUAGGCAUAUAAAUUGUAACGAAUUGUGUGUUUGAUUUUUCUGGCUGAAGAGCGAGCGGGUUUUGGGAAUCUAGAGAGAACAAAAGAGUGUGGCAUGUGGCUGUGUGUAGAUAUUUUGUAUAUUUUGUAUGUGGAUGAAAGAUUAUCAUCAGUUUUUUCUUGUGAUAAUCUGUAAUUUUAUAUAACAAUUCAAGAAUUAUAUGAGAGAUUGAAUAUGUUUUCUUUUCUGGGAAUUCCAGAUGUCAGAUUUUAUAUAUGAUAUAGUAGUAUUUAAUUU